AUGUCGACAGAAGAAAAUGUACCUUUGUCCUCGGAUGAAGAGAAUAGUUCGAAUAAUGUAACACUUGAACGUGUCAUUGAAGAAUGUGGAUCGUUUGGUCGAUAUCAAUAUAUGCAUUUCUUUUUUCUUAUUCUUUUUCCAGUAGCUACAGGAGUUUAUAAUUUUUACUAUGUCUUUGCCUCAGCUGAAACUUCAUAUCAAUGCAUUACACCGUAUAAUAUUAGCCAAGGUUUUAGCCUUGAAAUAUCACCUUCGCAAUGUUCGUAUGAAAUAAAAAAUGUUCAGAAUCAAACGAUGGGUAUUUUUCCAUGUACAAAUUGGAUAUACAAUCCAACUAUUUAUGGUCGAACAUUUACAGAAGAAGCCAAUUUUAUUUGUCAAUAUAGUUUUUAUCAUUCAUUACUGGCAACAACGUUACAAAUUGGUGCUAUGUUCACUUUUUUUACGGGACGACUCACAGAUUGGAUAGGUCGUCGUUGUUCAUUGAGAUUACUUGUUGGUCAAUUAUUAGUUACUUCUUUGAUUACUCAAGGACUUUUACAAUUUGUACCGAUGUCAAGAAAUCAUAAAUUCAUUUUAGUUCUCAUCAGUCAAUUUUCAGCUGGUAUCGACACAUAUAUAGCGUCGUUUAUUCUAAUUUUAGAGCUCACUACAUCAUCUCAUGCUGCUUUUACAGGGAAUUUAGCUCUGGUUGCAUAUUCUGUUGGUGAAGUCAUAGUAACUGGUAUGGCGUAUAUUUGUCAACAUUGGCUUUUACUUAAAUGGGCUAUGACUUUAUAUAUGCUUGCUCUUGUACCGUAUCUUAUUUUUGUACCUGAAUCUCCACAUUGGUUAUUAACAAAACAUCGUUAUGCUGAAUUGAAACAAGUUUUACGUCAAAUGGCUCAAACUAAUCGACGAUCUGACUCCCGAUGGUUAAUAUAUUAUCAAUAUCUUAUUGAUAAUCAUCGAAAACAAAAAUAUCUUAAUCAAAAAAAUAAAGUUAAAUUAUCAUUUCUGUCUAAAUCACGUCGAUUUUUAACACAUGUACCAACAAUGAGCAAAUUAUUUAUAUCAGGUUUUCUUGGAUUUGUAACAUUACUUCUUUAUUUCAAAGUAUCUUUUGGUCUUGGAACCAUGAAAGAAAUCAAUCUCUAUUUAAAUAUGAUUAUUGGUGCUAUCGUUGAAGCUAUUGGCUACAUAGCUUCUAGUCUUUUGAUGAUACGAUAUGGUCGAAAACCAAUAUUUAUAGUUUUUCUUAUAUUAACUAUUAUUUAUUUACUAUUGACACCAUUAGCAUCUCAUCUGAAUCAUACUAUUAUUAUAAUUGUUGCUCAACUGGGAAAAUUUGCAAUAAGUGGAGCAGUUGGUGUUACAUAUAUAUUUGUACCAGAAUUAUUUCCAACAACGAUUCGUGCUACUGGUAUGGGUUUUUUUGCUCUUCUUAGUCGUUUUGGCUCUAGUGUGGCACCAAUUAUUGAUACUUCAAUUAGUCGCAAUACUUCAUUUGUCACUUAUAUAAAUUAUAUCUAUGCAUUAUUAACUAUUAUUUGUGUCUUAUUAACAUUACUAUUACCUGAAACGCGAAAUAUUCCAUUGACCGAUAAAAUAAACUAUAAUAGUAAUCGAAACGAAAAAGCUCCAUCUAAAACACAAUCAAUAACUCGCACAUAA